GGCCCUCCCACGGACCACUCUUCGUUGCCAUCUCUCGACAAGAUAAAGCUCUUACUUUCCCACACUUCAUGGCUUCAUUUUUCCAUUGAUUGAUUGAAUUUGGACAAGAGCAGGAAGAGGACACCCAUGGUGGUGCCCCUUUUAGCUCUUCCUUAAUCCAGUAUUCAACCAAACCAAUCACCAACAAAAAAAUUACAAAAGCUCAAUUCCCAUAACUCCUAUUUCAACCUUGUAUUCUUCCAUUUCCAGGAAAGAUUCUGAUUUCUGACUCAAGAUGGAUCUUGAUGAGUGGGAAUUCCUUCCCGAUCACAGGUUCCUGGAUUUUCCUGAAGAUUCUGAUGAGAAAAAAUUCAUCUCAGGGAAGCGCGGUUGUGGUUCUAAAACAUUUUUUGACAUGAAUUACUUCUCACCAAGCUUUCCAGGAUCAAAAUCAAAUUCUGGGAAAGUUCCCAAACAGCUUGUUCCAGUUCCUUUCGACCUAGAUUCAGGAAUCGGGAAAUCUCCAGGUGAUGAAUUUUCUAAAGAAAUCAUCAUCAAAACACCUGUAGAUGUUAACUUCAUCCCAUCUGUGAUCGCUGAGAAGAUCAACCAGGGCCCUGUUAUUGGGUCCCUUGACGCCGAUCAAGACUCAGUCUCACAAGUUUUCUUCAAGAAAAUGAAGGAAAAUGAAUUCGUCGACAUGAAAAUGGACUCACCCAAGUCCCCAACUUCAAGAAGCCUCGUGCCUAAGGUUGAUCCAGGCACGUUCAACUUCGAUGACAAGACUGCCGACCAGGCCCUGGAAGGAAUGAAUUGUUGUUCUCCAAGGAAGACCGCCAUGGAUUUCGAAGCUGAUCGGAAACAAGAACCCACUUGGGCGGAGGACAACGGCGGUGGCCUGAAUCUUUGGAAAUGGGGCUUAACUGGGAUUGGAGCUAUUUGCUCCUUCGGUGUCGCUGCUGCCACCAUUUGUAUCAUCAUCUAUGGCAGUCAACACAAGACUAAACAACAACAGAAUCAGAAGCUUCGUUUCCAAAUUUAUACUGAUGACAAGAGGAUUAAGCAGGUUGUGCAACAAGCAAGUAAAUUGAACGAAGCAAUUUCAGCAGUAAGAGGAGUGCCAAUCACCAGGGCCCAAAUCACACUUGGAGGUUAUUAUGAUGCCCUUUAAAUCACACUGCAAGCUUAUUGGUUUUUCAAGAAAUGGAUUUGGAUUCAGAUUCCAUGAUGUAACAAUCUAUCAAUAUUAUCUGUAAUAUAUAUAUAUAGAAAAUAGGUUCCGUAUCCUUAAAGCUUGUAUUCAGAAUACUUAAUUAUUGUUAAUUAUGUUUGCUUGUGUUUAUGUAAUCUAUGUGCCGGGAAAGUUGAGUAGUAUUGGUGCAUUAUCUAGUAAUCAAGAACUAAUUAAAAUUGGUUUAGUUGGCUUCAA